CUCUUUUCCGGCAGCAGGGCUGGGGAGCUCCUGGAGGUGUCCCUUGGGGCUGGCUGGGGACGGGGAUGGGUUUGUGGCCAUUUGGUGUGACUCAGUGCAGCAGCCACAUGGCUCUGCUGUGGUGCCUUGUGGCUGAUGGUGCUGGGCUGGGGAACCCUAAGGUGAGUGCAUCUCUGGGCACGGGGCUGGGGGAAUUGUUUCUAGUUGCUAAAAGCUUCACAAAAUAAUCCCUGCACUGCCUGGGUGCCCUGGCUCGGGGCUCAGUGGAGCUGCUGCUGCUGCCAACCGUGCUGCCAGCCAGCCUGUCCCCCUCCAUGGGCUAAGGCUUAAUAACCCUCCGAGGCUCUAAAUGGGCCUGAACCAGCCCGGGGCAACCGCUGGCUCCUGGCCCGACCAGCAUGUCAGAUGAUGCUUUGUGCCUCUCUUGUGGCAAAUGCUUGUGGCUGCUGCAGGAUGGCAAGAAACUAAAUCACGGGGAUCCCCAGCUGCCAGCAAGGAGACUGUUGGGGGUUCUUCCAGGUGCUCCUGAGCCUGAGGGGUGUUUUGCGGCCAUUUCCUGCUCGGGGCCGCGCACAUCCGUGUUUCCGGCACGCUGCUGAUGGUGGCUUGUUUGUGCUUCUCGUCAAGAAGAGAUGAUGGUUCAGCUGCUUUUUGACAGGGCAGUGUCACCUAUUGGGGCCACCUGGAAUUGUCCAAACCUCCCUCCCAUCCCUCAUCUCUGCUCCUUGCUUGAACCCCCGGAGCAGCAGUUUUGCUGUCAGGUGUGCAUCCUGUGGGUCAGAUCCGUGUGUAGCUGGCUGGGUGCUGCAGUGAGUGGGUACGUCUGUCCUGCAGAAGCCGCAGGAAAUGGUUAAUGGGGUGAAAUGAAGCUGGUGCUGACCCAUCACCCCAUGUCACACCUGAGAGACCGGGGGAAGCACAGGGAGCUCCUGUGGGGACAGGAGGGGUUUUUCUCUUCUUCAGCUUUAGGGGACUCCCCCUCCCAAGCCUGCUGCAUUAGCUUCUAACCCUGGGAUGGAGGCUGUCCACGCAUCCUGGCUUCUCUCUCUUGCCUUGGCCCACGGGAGCCAGGUCCUGAGAGCCUGAGCACUUUGUGAACUCCCUGAGGAUCAGGAAACCCUUUUCCCUCUGACUUUAGGUUUACGUGGGUGCUUUUAGAUGGAGAACAGAAACGUCACUUCAAUACGUGUGUUUAGGAAAGGUUCAUGCACACAGAAGGCAGUUAGUGCCUCCUGCUCCUUCCUCCUGGCAAUGAUUCAGCACUGCAGAACCCGGGGAGGCUGCACGGCGCCUGCGUGGGCUCGGCGAGGGGCCCAGGGGCUCCUCUGCCCCGUGAUGGCUCCGUGCGCUGCCGUGCGUGGGAGGCGGCGUCAGGGAGCCCGAGAGGCUGCCAUUCGGAGGGGAGCUGGAGUUUGGCUUGUGGCCAGGCUGAUGACACUCCGCCGCUGGUUUGCGGGUCAAUUUGCAGACUCGAGAAGCUUUGCAGGCAGAGAGCAGCUCCUCCUCAUCCAGCACGUGCUGCCAGCUGUCCCUGCCCGGACACAAGUCACUGCAGCAGUGCCAGGAGCACGUCACAGCCAUAAAGCCAUCGAAGGGUUUGAAAGGGAACCGAGUACCAGGCUAUUUCAGGUCCCUGCAGGGUUGGUGAGCAGCCAAGGGGUGUCCCAGGAGGCUGGGCAGGGAGGGAGGGUGUGGAACCACUGCCACUGGUCCCUGUGACAUCUCUCUGCAGGUGGCAUGAGGGAUGCCAUGCCAGAGGCACAUGCAGCUGAUGCUGGCCCUGUGCCUGCUGCUGGUCCUGUGGCAAUGUUUCCGAGCCCCUACAGACGGCCUCAGCCCCUUGCCUUGGGCUCCCUCCCUCCUUGACACCCCUGCUGCCCACUGCACCGCCCGUGCCAAUGGCUCCACGUGGUUCAAUGCCCGCUACAACAUGACCAUGGAGCCUCUGCUGAUGGGUGCAGCCCACGAGCUCUCCUCCGACGUGGUUCAGUGGUGGCUGACCCUGCAGGGUCACCCGAAAGGCGUCCAGCUCCAGGACAUAAUUCAGCAGCUCUUCAGUGUCCUCCCGGCCCUGACUGGCAGCGUGUGGGACUCAUCUCGCUGCAGGACUUGUGCAGUAGUGGGGAACUCGGGGCGACUGAAGGGGUCUGGCCAUGGGCUGCGGAUCGACGCCCAUGACUGGGUGCUGAGGAUGAACAGAGCAAAGAUCACUGGCUUUGAGCUGGACGUUGGCAUGAGAACAACCCAUCACUUCAUGUACCCGGAGAGUGCAGUGGACCUUGGACCUGGUGUCCACCUCGUCCUUGUCCCCUUCAAGCCACUGGACCUGCAGUGGGUGGCCAGCGCCUUCUCCACCGGAGAGCUCACGCACACAUACAUGAGAGUGAAGCAGUUCAUCAAAGCGGACAGAGACAAGGUGCUGAUCCUGAGCCCAGCUUUCCUCAAGUACAUCCAUGACAACUGGACGCAGCGCCACGGGCGGUACCCCUCCACCGGCUUCACGGCCCUGGUCUUCGCCUUGCACGCCUGCCAGCAGGUCUCCGUGUUCGGCUUCGGAGCAGACGGGGACGGGAACUGGCACCACUACUGGGAGAAAAACCGCUGGGCGGGAGCCUUUCGCAGGACAAGGGUCCACAACGCUGACGUUGAAUUCAGCCUCAUCGAGAGACUGGCCGCCGAAGGCAGGAUUUCAUUCUACAAAUGAUGUAUCCCCAAGGAACUGAAGCACAGGAACUGGCAGCCCCUGCGCUGCCGGCAGCUGCCCCCAGCUUGCUUCACCCCCCCGGCGCUGCCAGGGCCUGGGCUCAGACCCUGCCCUCCCCAGGGUCUCGGUGCUGCUCGUGCUGGUCCCCCCGGGCGGGCGCGCUGGGUGCCACGCUUCCCAGGGCACCAGGACAUGGCAUGUGGCUGGACACAGGGCGGGCACGGCCCUGCCCAUGCUGGCUGGGACAGUAAGGGGUAUGGAGUGGCUGAAGGUGGGCGAGAAGGUGCUGUGGUGGCCUCUGGGUGACAGCGGUGGUGGUGAUGCAGCUGCUCAAACGUGGCUGGCUGCACCUCGGAGCCGACAUUUCCACCCACCGACAGGUUUUGGGGGAGGUUUGUAGUUGCUCUUUGGGCCCGGGGAGAAAGGCAGCUUUCUUUCCAGUCUUUUUAUACCUAAAGAAAUAUUUUAAAAAUUGUAUCAAAGAAGAAAGGAAAACAAUCAAGCGUCCAAGUCAGAAGAUGACAGAAUCACGUACAGGUGAAAUGAUCUUACGUUGAAUAAAUGUUGAAAACACA